AUGGUUGGACCGUGCGAUAGUGGGAAAUCGGUCAUAGCUAAUUCCUUAGCCGAAGCAACAGAUCUAACUGGGGGAAACUAUCGACCAACGAAAGGCGUAAGGAUAUUGGAGUUUGAAUGUAAUGGCUUAAGAAAUAGCUCAAAUCGUACCCUUAAAGCUGAUGUAGAGUUAUGGGAUUGUAGCGGAAAUAGCGAUUAUGAAAGUUGUUGGCCGGCUAUGUGGAAAGAUACUCAUGGAGUGAUUAUUGUGUAUAAUCCCGAUAAUCUGGAUCAUAAUGGAGAAAUCAGUAAAUGGUAUACUCAUUUCAUUUCUCAGCAAGGCCUUCGCGACAGUCAGUGUAUGCUAUUCGCUCAUCUUAAACCUGAUGGGUCUAAACAAGUCGUAGAUUUGACUGGAUCUCUGUCAAGAUUGAAAUGUGUGCACACAUCGAUGGAAGAUCGACCGGAGGUAAUAAGACAAGAAUUUAGGACCUUUUUGACUCAUGUCUGGGAGGCAUGGGCUGCCAAAAGGGAUCAAGAAGAACUUAGUAUAGUGAAUAAUUAA